AUGUACUCUGACAUAGAGAGCUUCUCUAGUGAUGAGCGAGGACAUGCGAAAAAGACAAACAAGCCGAUGAUGGAGAAAAAACGUCGCGCUCGAAUCAAUCAUUGUCUUAGCGAACUGAAAGAGAUUCUCAUCUGUGACAAGCAUGCGUCAGCCGGUCACGCCAAAUGGGAAAAAGCUGACAUACUUGAAAUGACGGUUGACUACAUCAAGAAACUAAGAACACUGAGAGGUCACACACCAACAUUCAACGUCACUGUCGCAUUGGAGGACACUUUGUCACAUGGUGUCAAGGAGUGCGACUCAACGCCUACGUCGGCCGUGCCGUCACCAUCCAGCGCCGAGUCCACUUCUGACGGGCCAACGACUGCGAAACGACGGCGGACAGCUCCUGCCCUUACGCCGCCCAUCUCGGAAGAACCACGACCUUUUGCGCCAGCGCCGGCGCCAUCAACACCGAACAGUCUUGCCAGCUUGCCUCCCACAAGAAUACCUCCCACCGUAAUGACGUCAAAUCUUCGGCCACCGCCACCCAAUUUCAACUUCAUGGCUCAGCACCUGUUGGCUUUGCAAUAUCAGCAAAACCUGAAAAUGGCUGCCAUCGCGCCAGGAAUGGUCCCAACAAUCACAUCUGUGCACCCGUUUGCGGCCAUGACGGCUAUUCCGUGGAGAACUAUG